CUCCUCAGCCGGCGGACUGAAUAUAUGCAGGGGCUGAAUCGCCCCUUUUUACUCUCUUCUUCACAUCUCCCACCCCCUCCGCCUCGCCCGCGGCUUUUGUGAGGGGGUUUUGUUUUGCUUUCAGCCCGGUGUUUUAAAAAAGACCCCUAAUAUGGCGAUUUUUAGAGAGGUUUCAGGAAAGUGGCUUUUCUGUGGAAAGGUGUCUUUUUAAACAAAAAGCGCUCUUUCUACGUAUAUUUUUAUAUACAUGUAUGUUCGUAUAUAUAACUACCUAUCUUAGUUCUUGCAGGGCAGCUGAGGUGGCUUGUGUGGUAGGGUUUUUUAAUUAAGUUUAAUUUAGCGAUUUUUUAAUUUUUUUUCCCCUAAAAGUAUCAUCUUAGAGCGGGGUGGAUUCUUUCCGGCUUUUUUUCCUCCCCUUUUUUUCCCCUCCCUCUCCAUUAAAAGCCGAUAGAGCCAACCUCUUAUUUGUAAACCUGCCGGGACUCGGCUGUCGCGAUGUACAACACGGUGUGGGAUAUGGACCGCGAUGACCCGGACUGGAGGGAAGUGAUGAUGCCCUAUUCCACUGAGCUGAUCUUUUACAUUGAGAUGGACCCUCCAGCUCUUCCUCCAAAGCCCCCCAAACCAAUGACUCCAGUCAAUACAAAUGGAAUAAAGGACAAUUUGAGUUUCUCUCUGCAGGAAGCAGAGUGGUACUGGGGGGACAUCUCAAGGGAAGAAGUAAAUGACAAAUUACGAGACAUGCCAGAUGGGACAUUCCUGGUGCGUGAUGCAUCAACCAAGAUGCAGGGAGACUACACCCUGACAUUACGGAAGGGUGGCAACAACAAACUGAUAAAGAUCUACCAUCGGGAUGGGAAAUACGGCUUUUCUGAUCCACUGACGUUUAAUUCAGUCGUGGAACUGAUCAACCAUUACCGCAAUGAGUCUCUUGCUCAGUAUAACCCGAAGCUUGAUGUGAAGUUGAUGUAUCCAGUGUCCCGGUACCAACAGGAUCAGUUGGUGAAAGAAGAUAAUAUAGAUGCAGUAGGUAAAAAGCUUCAGGAAUACCAUGCUCAGUAUCAGGAGAAGAGUAAAGAGUAUGACAAAUUGUAUGAAGAAUAUACUAGAACAUCGCAGGAAAUUCAGAUGAAGAGGACCGCAAUUGAAGCAUUUAAUGAAACUAUUAAGAUAUUUGAGGAACAGUGCCACUCACAAGAGCGAUACAGCAAAGAAUACAUUGAGCGGUUUCGCAGAGAGGGAAACGACAAAGAAAUCGAACGGAUCAUGAUGAACUAUGAAAAAUUAAAAUCACGCCUGGGUGAGAUCCAUGAUAGCAAAAUGCGCCUGGAGCAAGAUCUGAAGAAACAAGCUCUGGACAACAGGGAGACUGAUAAGAAAAUGAAUAGUAUCAAGCCUGACUUAAUUCAGCUCCGCAAGAUCAGGGAUCAGUAUCUUGUAUGGCUCAAUCACAAAGGGGUGAGACAGAAGCGAAUAAACGACUGGCUGGGGAUCAAAAAUGAAAAUAUUGAUGACACGUACUUUGUGAAUGAAGAAGAUGAAAACCUGCCACAUCAUGAUGAGAAAACUUGGUUUGUUGGAGAUCUCAACCGUAUCCAAGCAGAAGACUUGCUCUGUGGGAAACCUGAUGGAGCAUUUCUAAUUCGUGAGAGCAGCAAGAAAGGGUGUUAUGCUUGUUCUGUGGUAGCUGAUGGAGAAGUGAAACACUGUGUGAUCUACAGCACUCCAAGAGGUUAUGGGUUUGCAGAACCGUAUAACCUGUACAGCACACUUAAGGAUUUGGUUCUUCAUUACCAGCAGACAUCCCUUGUCCAACACAAUGAUUCCCUAAAUGUUAGGCUUGCCUAUCCUGUCUACGCACAGAUGCCCCCCUCUCUCUGCAGGUCUGCUUUCAGGCUCAUAAAUCCUGGCACACCCUCGCAGCACUGACAGCGGCAGGAUAGCAGAGCGGAGCUGUUUGAAGUUCCCCCAUUGUGGAAUCUAACUGAUCCUGUGAGGUCUUGGGCCAGGCUCCGGCCCCAUCUCUGCCAAGGUAAAUACAGUGUAAUUCCAUUGGCGUCCAUGAAGGUAGCUUUGUUUCAGAGUGGUGUUAGUGAGUUGGGAUUCUUGGCCCCUCACUCUCCAAGAUCUCUCUGCUGAUCACAGGUGAUGUAUUUGCUGUGAAUGAUGCACUCAGAGCCAAUAAGCCAUCUUGAAGCAUUCUUUGAAAUUCUGCUUUGCCCAAGCCUUCAGAUCGGGGCUAUGGGCCGACUAAGCCCACAUUCCUCCUAUUUGGCUCUAUUACCCUCAGCAGUCUCCCUGAGGCUGUGUUUUGCCACUCUAUCUCUCUGUAUUUGGUUUUAGGCAUCUGAAGUCCCAGCUGCUCCAAUGGCUCCCCUUUGACUCUCGUGCUAUUGCACAGAUUCUUUCUGCAACCUUUUUGCACUUGCAGAGCAAGUGGAAAUGUAAAAACAACUAACACGUGUAGCUGGUGUGAUCCAUGGGGUAGGGGCUUGGUCCUGUCGCACUCAUUGUGCUCAGCCUACUUCUGUUUGUUCAGUAGUGUUAGAGCUGGGAGAAACCCCAUGGCUUCCAGGAGCUGCUCUACACUUGCAUGACUGAGAAAUCAGAAAUAGGUUUGUGAGCUGCAGGAUUAGGCCCUACUAGGAGAAGCAGCUGCUAAACCUAAAACAAAUACAGGAAAUGUGGAUAUAAAGACAACACACAAGAACUCAAGUUCUUUUAAAACAGUAAGAUGUGAGAAGGUUUUCAUUUUAAGAGUCAAAAUAUCAGGAGGAAAGGGGAAAUAGUCUCACUGUUGUAGCAGCUGUCUGUUACCAGACUGCAGUUAGAGGAGUACUGAUCCCAUUGACCCAUGUUGUAUUAAAUAUAUAUGUAGAAUUAAGUAACUUUUUGCACAGUGUUAAAUGGGGGUGGGGGGUGUUGAAACUCGAAUAUGCACAGUUUCUUCUAAUCUGUUUGAAGUAUAUUUGCAGGGAUCAGGGGUGAUUCAGUAUUUUGUAUCUGUAUGGAUGGAAAUCAGGUCUACUUCCACAGUUGCCAUUGGCCCCAUUGCAUCAGCCACCAGUGCCAUGUUUCUGAAGUCAGUAAGUUACAAAUCUUUUCCCACUAGUUUCCUUCUUGGUUACAAGUAAUCUUAGCAUGGGAAGAAGCAACCUAGAAACAGAGGGAUAUCCCAGCAGACACUUCACUGCUAUGUGAAGCAGUAAUAUAUGGUUGUCUGCCUUCCGAUAAUGGAGUGCUCUAGAUUCGGGGGUUGUAUUUUGGGGUUUCUUUAGUUGUCAGCAGCAGCAGACUGGGUCUCUGCUUUGCACCAUUGGUAGCUGCAAUCUAGAGUUAUAUCCAGCACACCCCUCUGUCUUAUGCCAAAAAUAAAAUGCUCUUUCCACACCCAUCUCUCUUGAUGUGGCAGAUGGUCAAGAAGUUUUCCAUUUAAUGUGAUGGGCCUGAUUCUUUUCUCACUGACACUAGUGUAAGCAAGACUUCCACAACCAAAAGCCAUUCCCAGCAAAAGAACAUGUAUUUCAUAAUAUCUGAAUUCUAGUCACAGCAGGGCAAAAAAUCAGUUUGUCCUUCACAGAGCCAGGCAACUGAAAUAGGGACUGUGGAAAUUGAUGUUGACACUUAGUGCUGUUUUGGGGAGGACAGGGGGAGGAGGGUCUUGGUUGUCCCAGGUCCUGGCCUUUCUGCAGGCUUAGGUUGGCACUAUGUCCAUAAUUGAAGGCUGCGGCUGUUUAGAACAGCAGAAUUGCUAUAGGAGUGUCACACCUUGUAAGUUUGGAAAAGCCCCUUCUUUGGUACUUGAACAAUCUUGCUUCUGUUUUUGAAUGUCUGUUUUAUUUUUUACUUUUGUUACACUAACAGGGAAUAAAAAUCUGAAAUGUUAGUGAGUCUUGUAUGCUUGCUGCAUUGUGCAGACAUGAAACAGGUACUGCUGGUGAAUCAGGAGGGGUAAGAGACAGGUUCAAAAUGCAGUUUUACAAAGCACUAUGAUGGGUUGGGGGUUGUUUUGUUUAGACCGUAUUUAAAAUCAGGUUUUCUUAAGCGUAGUUUCCUUAAUGUUGAUUUGCAACCUCUGCUUUUGGAACAGCAAAAUCAAAAUAACAUUCCUGAAGAACAAAGAUGCUGUGAGAGGAGGGGGAUUAGGCUUGCUCAAAUUCAGCUUUAAUGAAGAGGAAGGGUCAGCAUCCUAAAGCAUCCCUCUGGUUGUAGUUUGAUGAAGCAGCAGACAGACCCUGAAGUAGGACCUCUGCCUUGAACCACAAAAGAAAGAGGAGAUGCCAAAGCAGACCCUUCCCUUUGGAAUAAUCAGUUGUAUGCUCCUAAAUGUGCGUGCAAGGAGAUGGUUAAGAAAUUAGUAGAAGUCCUUAAGAGUUACUCCUCUUUCUGUAUCAGAAUGGAACUUGCAUUGCUGACCCCCUCAUUUCCCUUGGCACAAUGUGUGCAGCCAGGAGAAGGGAACCGAGUUAGUAGCCUAGAUAAACACGGGCAUGUUCAUGACGCAGCGCGGCUACUUACGUGCUGCGUGAGGAGUAGCUUUGGAUGGGGUUAGAUGAAGUUUGUCCAACAUUUUUGUGAAUCGUGCAUUCUGUGGGCAGAAAUAUUUUCCACCAAAUGGCAAGGGGGAAAAAAGAAAAAGAAAAAAUCUCUCUUGAAAUCUUUUCAAUUCCUUCCUGUUUGUUCCCAGGGGCAGAUAGGGAGCUUUAGCUUGUGAACUGUUCACAUCAUGACAGUGCUUGAAGCGCUGGUCUUUGGGGCGAGCUCCAUAGAAUUCAUGCAGAAUUUGCAUUUUUUUUAAAUCGCUAUUGGCAUGGACUUAAUGUAUUUGAAGACGAGACUCGGCAUUUGUUCUAAAAUUUGCCUUUAAAAAGUAUCAUAUGAGCUUCAGAGGCAAAAAAAAAGAAGUGAGAGCGGGCCCUUUGUGAUUGAAAAACCCACCUCUUUGAUCAACAUGUAUUAGAGAAAGCAGCUUUAAUUCGAUGCCCCCCUCCGCCACCUUCCCUUGGGAUUGCUCCUGCGAGAUCAGCGUUGGCCAACGCUGUACUCAGCAGCGCUGUAUCCAUGCGCUUUCCAAGUGGUUUUAGCCAAGAGGCUUAGGAUUGUUUGGAACGAUGAUUGCAUCCAAAGACAAAAAAAGGCUCCAAGGGUGAAUGCCAGCCCCCCAGAAUGAAAUCAGUUUCAUUGCUUCAGGGGAGUUGUAGGAUGCUGGGGCCAGCCACAAGCUGCCUCUGGGUCUGUGUUGGCUAUGGUGGGGGUUCAUGUUUGGUCGGCUGUUUGGAGUUUUGGUCUGUUUUGUUUUUGUGAGUGACUUCUACAUCCAGCAAAGAUAUGUUUGAUGAAACCUGUUAAUUUUGUAUAUCUGGCUGUUUAUUGCACCACGGGAUUGUAAUGGUCUGCAUCAUCUGUGUGUGUGUGUGUGUGCGCGUGUGUAUAUGUACUGUAUGUAUAUAGAUAUAUGUAAAAUAUAUUCACGUACACAUUUAUAUGCAUUAGCUGUAAGUGGCACUGCCCCUUAAAACUAAAACAAAAUUCACUGUUAGCACAUUCUGCCAUGUGUCGAGGCAGAAUUGGGUUUGUUUUUGUCAAAUGAAAAGGAGUUUAUUGUGUUCAUCUUGCAUAUGUGCUUCUGAAAUGCUGAACUCUGGAUUUCCUUGGGUGGGGGUGUCCUACUUUGUUUGUAAACCCAAUUGAAUUGGGUUGUUACUUGCUGGGACAAAGCACACAGCUUUGGUCCAAGCAAAGGUUUAACAAAAGAAACCCUCUUGCUCUCCUGCACAGCACAGGGAGCAUUUGCACGUUUCAGUAGCCCCCAGACCCUCCCUGUCCAGAGCUGAUGUGCAAUGGGUGGUGUUGGUACGUGUCCCUUUGUGAGUGGACUCUUUGUAUAAGGUGUGGUUCAGUGUAAAGCAUGAGUGGGUGUUUGAUCUUGUAUCGAGGGCUGAAAUAACAGCACACUCCUUUGUAUAACCUUUGCAUUAAUGUUUCUGCUUUUCUUUGACUUCUAUUUUCUUUAAGGGAAACUGCAUCUGUUAAGAACCUGCUUCUCUAGAAGCUAUCGAAUUGUUUUGUUUUCCAGAUGAAUUCCAGCAUGUAACUUUGGUACUCUUGUUUGUUAUUUGUGUAAAACCUGUUCUUCUGUCGUUUAUGGUGUAGUCAGGAAAAAAAAAAGGAAAAAAAAAAGAAAAAAUAAAAAAAAGGAAUUCAUGUAGUUUAACUUUUAAAGAAAAGAAUCAAACUGCUUCAUAAGGAAACCAAUUGUAUGUUAGUGUUUUCAGACAAGUCAUCCUGUAGUUCCUAGCUCAGUAAUGCAACACUGUACUUGUCACCAGGUGUGUUACAAUUUUGCUGUACUUUCUUUUACUAGAUGGUUGGGCUUUUAAAUCCCAGACACUACGCAUCCUGGGCCUACUUGCUCUAGAUCAAAAAAAAAUGCAAUAAAAUGUUGCAAUAAAGCACAUUGACAUGUAAUGUUUUUGAAGGAUGUACUGACGGCUGUUUCUAAUAAAUCCAGAACUGCAGCGUG